AAGGCACAAGGGAAAAUGUCACAGUUCAGCCACGUGUAAUAAUUUAUUCCGUUACGUUUUUAUAUAUAUUUUUAUUUCAGGAUAGCGCAUCUAAGCAUGCUUUAGAAAGCGAGAAUAAGCGAGGGUUAGGGUUGUAUUUGCAGCCAAGAUACGUUCUUCUGGAAUUUUUGACGCGUGGACAAUAUUUUAGAAGAGCGUGGAACAGUGGAACCGCAUUAGUUGAACUUUGGAAAGAAAGGAAGCUUUGAAAUUCCUUGAAUGAAGUGAAGCAACAGGCCCAAGGUUUUUUGUACAAGCCAUUGCGUUACAGUUUUCCAGAUAAGCAUCUACUCAAAGGCAGAGCCAGUGACGCAUAGCGACCCUUUUGAACUGGGAAAUUACAAUGAGUUUUCAUCAUCAGUCAAGCACAGCAACAAAUAUGGCGGCCGAACUGGCUUCCGAACUCAAAUUUGUUGACGAAAAUCACAAUGAUUUUCUUGUUAAACGCAUCGGUAGAAUGAGAUAUCACUCAAUUCUCACAGACGUAGUCCUUAUAGUCGACGGCCAUGAAUUUCCUGCCCAUAAAAAUAUCCUAGCUGCUAGUAGCGAUUACUUUAUGGCCAUGUUUAGCGGUCAUAUGGCUACUGUAGAUCGAACGGUUGUCGUUCAAGAAAUAACGUCCACUGCUAUGGAGGUCCUCUUAGCGUUUAUCUAUCAAGGAAAGCUUCUUAUAACAGAGGAGAAUGUCGAGGAUAUAUUUUGUGGAUCUUGUCUUCUACUGCUAGACACAGUUACUCAUGCAUGCUGUAAAUUUAUCCAAGAACGUCUGACUUUAGCCAACUGUUGGGGAAUUCGUUCGUUAGCAGAUCGUUACAACUGUAGGGAAAUGUUGAAGAAAGUCACUUCUUUUAUAGAGGAAAACUUUGUAGAUGCCACUGCUACGGAAGAAUUUCUGAGUCUCCCUAAGGAAGAGGUUUGCCAGCUUCUAAGUGAUAAUGAUAUCAACGUACCAAGCGAGGAAGUUGUGUUUCAGACACUGCUGAAAUGGGUGCAGCACGAUCAAAGUACAAGAAUGAAAUAUUUUUCAAAAUUGCUUCUUAAAGUCAGGCUUCCACAGAUCAGAACCAGCUACUUUGAAGAAACUGUAGCUCAAUGUGAACUUGUUUUAGAAUCACCAGAAGCUAUUGAAAUUAUUUCUGAUGCAAGAAAAAUGGCACAGUCUUUUGAAUUUUAUGAAGAAGGAAAAGCUACAUCCAACACCAGUGACUAUAGCUGGGGCAUUCCACGGAGUUGCUUGAAGUUUGUUGAGGUCAUUGUCACUGUUGGUGGAGGUGCAUUGUGUGAGUUUUAUGAUGCAGACAAUGAUACUUGGGUGCGGUUCCCUCCGCCAUUCACACGCCACUGCCCAGGCAUGGAGACCUUGAACAAUAUGAUAUACAUUGUUGGGGGAAGCAAGGAGUGGAAGAGGCUGAACAGAGCAGAGUGUUACAAUCCAGAGACAAAUGAAUGGAAGCUUCUUAAUCCCAUGGCCAUGUCACGCAGUAAUAUAGGCCUAGUGUCCUUGAAUGGCUUACUGUAUGCUGUUGGUGGUUACAAUGGGCGCUCCCCUGUCAGCGAUGUUGAAUGCUAUAGCCCUGAACGUGAUGAGUGGCAGUUUGUUUCUCAAAUGAACAACUGCCGUGAUGGAGCGUGUGUUGUUAGUGAUGGGAGGCUCCUAUAUGCUAUCAGUGGUUAUGAUGGCAGUAACUAUCUCAGCAGUGUGGAGUAUUAUGAUCCAAGCACAGAUAAAUGGACGGUUGGGGAAAUCUCACCUAUAAUUGAAAGAAGAGAAGAUGCCAUGGCUGCCUGUGUCGAUGGCAAGAUAUACGUGAUUGGCGGUUAUCAUGGUAGCACCUUUUUGUCAUCAUGCGAGGAACUAGACUUGGACCAAAACGAGUGGGACUUCAAGUCUUCCCUCAGUUCACCUUGCUACCAGGCAGGCAUCGCUGUCCUAGGCAAAGCUAUCUACAUCUGUGGUGGAUGGAGUGGCAAUGGACUUGCGUCAUCUAGAGUGGAGCGUUAUGACAUCCUGACAGACACAUGGUCGCAGAUGGCUUCUCUUAAUGUCCCAGCUGCAGCACGCACUGUGCCAUGCCGUUUCCCGCGCAAGUUGAUAGAGCAGCUCAAAAGAGAGAGAUAUUGUGGGAAGCAAGCAAAAGAAGGUAGCAAGUCUUCAGCAAGCUCUUGACUAAAUGCAGACUAAUUCAAUGUUACUCUUAUAAAGGCUUAUGUAAUGCAAAGUUUAUCCCUGAGUGAGAGGUGGAGAGGUGUAGUGUCUCUCUCAUCUACAAUAUAAUGAAGAAAUGUAUGUUAUAUCUAUCUAUAUACUAAAGGAGUGGACUAGUGUGAUUAUCAUUAACUUGUGAACUACAUUUUAACAUAUUACACUUUACUUUGAUCUGAUUCUAUUGUUCUCUUUUGUGUUUUACUGACUAUUACCCCUUGACUAUCACACUUUGUUUUACGGGUUAAUGAAAACCACUCUAAUGACAUUACACUAAAAUUUGAUUACAAAAAAAAUAAAAAAAAUGGUGGUUUUAGAAUUAGUUUUAAAUAAGACCCCUCAAAGAUGUAAAAUAUUAAAUACUGUGUUAAAAAUAAAUACUGUGGUAUUAGAUAA